GCAGUAGACAGCCAGAAACAUGGAAUUUUACGAUUCUCAGUACCUGCUCAUCAUCAUCCCAGCAGUGGUAAUUGCCAUAAUUUUUCUGUUCUUCUGGCUAUUUAUGAAAGAAACUUCGUAUGAUGAGAUACUCGCUAAACAAAAAAGAGAUGUGAAAUUUGUUCCAGCAAAAGUGGAUAAAAAGAAAAGUGAGAAGAAAAAGAAUAAGAAGAAAGAGAAUCCAAAUGAGAACUUGCAUGAAUCUGAUUCAGAGAGUGCAACGCGAGACUUAGAAUUGAUGGAUGCUUUGACACCAGAUGAUGAACCGCCCGUUCAUGUUGUGUUACCUGUAGUUGAAGUUUCAGCUGGAUUAAAAGAGAGGAAGAAAAAAGACAAAAAAUCGAGACCUGUGUUGGAAGAACCUUUGGGCAGAGACCCUGAUGGCUUAAAACCUGCAGCAAAGAAAAGUGACCCCUUCCCAGUUACCAAGCAACCUACUCCUCCAGAAAUGUCGAAUUCUAAAAGAAAGACUGGACACAAGAAGCACAAGAAUGGCGCAGCUGUUACUGUCUCUGAGCAGUUUGAUAGCUACCAGAUUUGUCCAGACAGAUUGGAAAUUGCUGUACAGUUUGCAGAGUCGAAAGGGCAGGGAUCUUCUUUAUGGAGACAGGACAAUGAACCAGCUCAAGAUGUUCGCAGUGCACUUGUCAAAGAACAUGCUGAAUCAGUUCAAAUGGUUAUCAAAAAGCAGGAACCAGUGCUUACAUCAAUGGAAACUAAACAUGAAAGUGGCCUGUCGAAAAGAAAAACUGCACCUAAAAAGCAAAAGAUAGAACCAGUUUCAGCUUCGGUGGAGAAUCUCCCAUUGAAGUCCACAGUCUGCGUUGCCUUGGAUAAUGCUGAGGGUGGUGCUCAUGCUGAAAAGAGGGAUGCUGUGGUUGAUGACAAGAACCAAGUGAUCGGUAGUGGUGUGCAGAAACCUAUUGCCAAGAAACAGAGGAAUGAAUGUGAUAAAGAAAAUGCAGAUAUAAAGUUUAAGGAUUUUCUGUCAUCUUUGAAAACUAUGGCAUUCACAGAGGAGGAGGCUAUUUGUGUUGCUGACAUUCUGAAAGAGAAAGCUGGUGUGCUUCAAGAAAUGUGGCAGAAACCUGGUGUAAAAUGUGAUUCAGUUCAUGGACUACAACAGCAGUUACAGGAUAAAGAGAAGUUGCUUCAAGCUUUACAAGAUGAGGUUAAUCUUUCAAACGAUAAAUGCAAACAGUUGAGUCAGGAAUUAGUGACUGAGAAACAGAAAGCCAAUGUUGUUGAGACCAAACUGAGGGAACAGCGCACUGCCCUUGAAAAAGAACUAGGAGCAUUGCAGAACAAGCUGCAAGUUAGCUACCAGGAUCAUAUGAAUGAAACUCAGAUGCAGUUUCGCCAGCUGCAAGAUCAAACAGAAGCAUUGAAACAAGAGAACAGGAUCCUGAGAGAUGCUGUGAGCAAGGCUCCCAGCCAAAUGGAGAGCAAGCAGUCGACAGAACUGAACAAAUUGCGUCAGGAUUAUGCCAGAUUAAUGAAUGAAUUUACAGAAAAAACAAAUCGUCUUCAACAGGAGGAGGCACAGAAAAAGAAUUUGGAGGUUUCUUAUGAACAGACGGUUCAACAACUCAAGACUCAGUUGCAGGAAGAAGUUGAAAGGAGACAAGAGGACAUGCAGAAAUUUCUCAGGAACAUAACGACAGAGCAUGAGAAACGGCUAACAGAGGUUCAGGGUGCAAAACAAGAUUUACAAAAUAAACUUCUGGUUGCCGAAAAUGAAAUUGGCAGUAAAACCAAAGAGAUCCAGAGCUUGCAUAGUAAAUUCACUGAUACCAUGGUGUCUAAACAACAACUAGAACAAAAGAUUAUGCAGCUGGUAACUGCAGAGCAAAAGCGAGCUACUGCAGAUGAGACCCUGAAGAAACAAGUGCAGGACCUUCUGGAACAGAAACAAGCUAUGAAUGCUCAGAUACAAAAUCUUCAUGCACAAGUGACAUCACAGGCUUCUGCAGCAUGUGUAGUGGAUGAGUUGAAGAAAAAGAUUGUGGAGCAAGACCAGCAAAUAAAGUUGAUGGAGGAAUCUUUGGAAGAUAGAUAUCUUUGUGUAACAAGCAAAGAACAGGACAUACAGAGUUUGCAAAAAGAGAAAAAUACCUUAACAGCUGAAGUGCAAAAGCUACAAGUUCAGACAUCUGAACAGGCUUCAGCUUUAUGUAUGUUGGAACAGAUGCAAAAAGGUCUGCAAGAACGGGAUGAAAAAAUAAAAACAGUUGAAGAGCUGUUAGAAACUGGACUGAUUGAAAUGGCAAACAAAACGGCAGAAAUUGAGAACUUGAGGGAGGAAAAUAGAAGUUUAAACCAAGAAAUUCAAGAGUUUCAGAUGAAAAAUGUUGAACAGGUUGCUUCUAAAUCCAUGGUAGCAGAACUUCAGGAAAUAAUUAAUGAGAAGAAUGAAAAAAUUAACUUCAUUGAAAGUCUGUUGGAGUCCAAGUUAUGUACAAUAGAAAGUAAUGAGAAAAUAAUACAGGAUUUACAAAGGGAAAAGGAACUGCUCAGCGAGCAAGCAGAAAAUGCUCAACAGGUUUCUACUGCACCUAAACUGGAUGAUCUUGAGAAAGUAAUUAGUAUGCAAGAACAAGAAAUGACCUCUUUGAAAGCUGCAUUAGCAGACAGUAGAGAAGCAGCUGCUAGCAAGAUGCAUGAAAUUCAGGGCGUUCUGCAAGAAAAUGAUAAAUUGAAAUUGCAGAUUGACCAGUUGCGUUUAGACAUCAGUAAGCACGCUGACUCUGUAUCUGUGGUGGCAGAACUGAAAGAAACUCUUGUUGAAAAGGAUACAAAGAUCAAAGAAGUUGAAGACCAGUUGGAAAAGGAGCUGCUUAAGUUAGAACAUAAUGAGCAAAGAUUUAAGGAGUUGCAAGAUGAUCAUGAUUUGCUCAAGAAGCAAGUGGAAAAUGUUCAACUUCUAACAGCAGAGCAGGUUUCCACUAAAGCAAAUCUGAUUAAAGAAUCUCAAAUUACGAUUGAAACAAAAGAACAAGAAAUUAAUAACUUGAAGGCUGCACUGUCAGAUAGUAAAGAAGAAAUUGCUAGCUAUGUAACAAAGUUGCAGGAUCUUCAGUAUCAAAAUGCAGGACUGAAAAUCCAAAUGCAACAAUUGCAUGAGAAAACCAAUGAACAAGACUCUGCACUACUGAAGGGUGAAGUGCUGCUGAAUGUACUUUCAGAAAAAGAUCAGGAGAUUGAAUCUUUGCUCCGAGAAACAGAUUCUCUAAAGGCAGCUGUUAAUCAACAAAGGAAGAAAAACAAUGUGAGUGUAACUCGAAGUAAUUUGUACUGGAUUUUUGUACUGUAUGUCUUGAGCUCCUCUUUGGGUAUAUUUUAAAAGGCAAAAAAAAAAUACUUGGAGCAGAAUGACAAUGUAACUGCACUUGAAAGAUGAAUGAAACCACAUAUGUUGUUUUCUCUCUGAGAACCUUUGGUUGGGUUCAUAACAUCAGUGAGAUAAAGAAAUUGAAAGUGAUGCCAUGUAGAAACUGAAUGGAGGAUGCCAAGCCUGGGUUUCCAAUCCUUCCAAAUAUGGAAGUAAAGCGGAUGAGUUGCACCUCAAGUCCUGCUGAAGUUUGGUUUUUGUGCAGAGACACAUUUGUGUGUUUAAUGGAAGAUUUGUAAUUUCAGGACUGCAGUAGAAUGAGCAUAAUGGUGAACCAGAUGAGCACAUUUUUGUGCUGCGCAAGAAAAGUGACCCUUUGAGAAAACCAAAUUCAAGCUGUGGAUAAUUACGAAUUAUAGGGAAUUUUGGAAUAGUUUGGAGUCUCCCAAUUGCUCAAGCAUUGCUGCCAUCAGCUUUGUAGUAUUGACUGUAUGUUGGAGUUGUGUGCCUGUGUCUUUAUUGCCUGGAGUUACAUUCUAUGCUUUUAGAAAAUAAAUCCUAAGUCCAUCAAUAGUUGCAAAAAGCUGAACUGAUUGGGGUCACAUUGUGCAAAAUUUUUCAUCUAUUGAUUUUUUAAAAAAAGUUUGCUCAAUUUCAUCCU